AUGCAUAUGUGCUGGCUGCACAUCAACGCACAUGUAACUCAAUCUACUGCGGGCGGAUGCGCGUCUGUGCGAGCCGCUCCCUUCUUUGUGUUGUUUGAAAGGCCCCUUCUUUUUUUCCCUUGUUUCUUUGUUUGUCUCCACACUUGUCAUGGCAAAAGCAGGAGGGAAGAAAUGUCGCUUCACUGUUUCUUCGGUGUGGCUAUGCGGCCUGACGGUGUGCCGGUGACUCCACCCAUGCCGCCGAAUAGUUCACUGGUGCUCUCACACUGUGCGCUGACAUCUACCACCACAGGGCCCGUCACGCUGUACGUGCAGAGCCACGAUCAACCCCAUCGCUUUGCCGUUUGCACUCUGUCGCCAAAACACGACAUCUACUACGUUCCGCUGCAGCUUGUCUUCACGCAGAAGGUGUCAUUUAUUUUAGUGGCGGCGGGGGAGAAGCGCCCAGAUGACGGCAGCAAGCAGAAGGUCAGGAAAGAUGGCAAGAAUAGGAAUGGCAAGAAUGCGCACGACACACCGACGUCGCCGGAAAAUGUGGUGCAUCUGACGGGGUACUUUGAGAGUGACGAGGGCCAUCUCGCUAUGGCGAGUGACAACGACGACGAGGACGAUGAGGAUGAUUUGUCUGAUUCCGAAGGUUGUGAUGGCGAUGUGAAGCGUGGGGCAGAGGCACGCGGUGCCUCUGGACGCAAAAACGGGAAAUUAGGGGGCGAGGGGCAAAAAGCUCCACGAAACAGGAGGAACACGUCGAAGACGACAAGCCUCGGCGGGGAGGGAAAUAAAGCUGGAAACAAUCAUGCGGGUACACGCAAGAAGAGAAGGAGGGGGUAA